AUGCACAGAUCAGAAGCAAGGCGUGUUGAAAACAAAGCCAAUGCCGUGGAGAAGAGUAGAGGACAAGGAGAUGUUCGGGUUUGUGUGAGCCAAAAAGAUGGCCAAGUUCACAAGGGCAGCAGCACAGCUAGCUGCUAUGGUGGUGGCAGUGGUGUCGGAGUAGGACCUUGCGGUGAUGGUGGCGGUGGAAGUGUAGGAGGUGGAGGUGGAGGUGGUGCAGGUGCUAGAACUGGUGGCGGUAGAGGAAGUGGAGGCUGCGGAGCAGGUGGUGGUGCAGGAGGUGGAGCCGUAGGCAGAGUUGGUGGAGUUAUCAAAGGUGGAGUUGAAGCUGGAAUUGGAGGAGGUAUUAGUGAUGGUGCCGGAGGUGGAAGCAGUGCAAGUGCUGGUAGAGGUGGAGGUGGUGCUGGCACUAGCGCAGGAGCGGGAGGCGGUGUCGGAGGUGGUGUAGGAGCCGGCAUUGGUGAUGUUGUAGGUGCAGGUGUUGUAGGUGGCGGCAGCAUAGGCUGGCGGAGGCGUCGGUGGCAGGUGCCGGCAGAGGAAUCGGAAGCGAAAAACAUGUUGGGCCAAGAAAAGGUGGAGAAGAAGGCUUUUGAAUCCGCCUCUCUCAGUAGAUCUCAUACGGAGCUUAUUGUAAACGGUGUAUGA